CAAUCAAUAUAUUUAUCAGCAGUCAACAUUUUCUUGUUCAUCACAGCAUUUCUUGGGAAUUCUCCUAUUCUUGCUGCUCUUCAUAAGGAAUCUUCCCUUCAUCCGCCAUCCAAACUCUUGUAUCGUUGUCUGGCAACAACUGAUCUAUUGGUUGGUCUUGUUAGCCAGCCUCUCACCGCUACUUAUUGGAUGUCCCUAGUUCACCGACAGUGGAAUCUUUCUCGAUACGUAUCUAAAGUAGUCGUAAUAGCAAGCUAUACAUUAUGCGUAGUUUCUUUAUUGACAAUGACGGCCAUUAGCUUGGACAGACUUCUCGCCUUGUUGUUAGGACUGAGAUACAAACAAAUUGUGAAUUUAAAACGCGUUUAUAUCGCUCUAGCGCUAUUUUGGGUUGUCCCCAUUGUCGACACUCUAUACUUUGUGUUUGUUUCUCCCAUACCUCCUUGUUUGGGUCGUGUCAUAAUACCAUCUUGCUUAUUAAUCUCAGUUGCUUCGUAUAUUAAAAUUUUCCGUACUCUCAGUCGUCAUCAGGCUCAACAACAGCCGAGCCAACCAAGUGCACUGAACAUGGCGCGAUAUAAAAAGGCAGUGUACAGUGCACUGUGGGUACAGUCAGCACUAGUUGUCUGUUUUGUACCAGUAAGUAUAGUUUUGACGGUAAUGGCUCGCACAAAGACAUAUUCACCACUUCUAAUGGUUACUAGAGAAAUAGCAAUUACUUUUUCUUACUUUAGUUCCACUUUGAACCCGUUUCUUUAUUGCUGGAAGAUCCAUGAAGUUAGACGAGCUGUAAAGCAGACAAUCAGGCAAGUAAUGUGUUGUCCAUGAAUUUAGAUUCUCCUUGAGCUGGAUAGUAAUAGAUACGAAGCUUGAAAAGAUUGUAGCUCGAGCAUUUGUUGGUAUUUUGUAAUCUUGUGUGAAAAAACUUAAGGGCAAGGAAUCGAGGCACUGAAGAUACCUUGAGGAAACUAAAUUUUUUAUGAUUUCGUGCAACAGUAUUUACUGUGUACCAAGAAAAAAAAGAAAGA